CAUGUACAGCACCUCUGUAUAUAAAGCCAGUAUUUUAAGAAUAUUAUUUCAAGAUGGCUACCAGUGAGCUGAAUCAAUUUCUAGAAAAUGUUGAUGAGAAGGUCCUAGAGUGUACCAUAUGCUUCAAGAGACUUCAAAAUCCUAAAUCACUCAACUGCCUCCAUAGUUUCUGUUUGGCAUGUCUGGAAGACUGGGUUAAAACUAAGGGAGAGCUGAUUUGCCCUACUUGUUCGAAAUCAUAUCCCAUUCCAGAGGGUGGGCUUCAAAAACUUCCACCAAAUACCUUUCUUAAUAACCUAAUAGAAACGAUUGAACAAUUUUCUGAAAAAGAUCAGAUAAAAUGUGCUUGUAAAAAAGGAGAAGAAGCAUUAUAUUACUGCCAGGAUUGCAGACAGUACUUGUGCUCUACUUGUAUUGACCAUCAUAAAGAGUUCCAACUCUUUGCCAACCACAAGCUACAUUCAAUGGAGGAUGUGCGAUCAAUGACCCCUUCACAGAUGACUUUACUACAUCCACCGCUGUGUUUGCAUCACAGCAAAGCUUUGGAAUUUUACUGCACAGAUUGUAAAACUCCAAUAUGCAUGCAUUGCACAAUUACUGACCACAUUGCAUGGGAAGGAAAUCACAAACCAAUCAGCAUUUCUAAAGAAUUCAAAACAUUUAAAGAAACUUCAGCAACAUUGGAGAAAGCUGCCAAUGACUGCAAAAAAAAUUUGCAAGAUGGCCUUAAAGCAGUCAUUCAGAAUGCUACAAAAUUAGAACAAAGUAAAGAUACAAGUUUAAGAGAUGUUGACAAUCAUGUACAGGUGAUGAUAAAGAAAAUCAAAGAAAAUGGGGACAAAAUUAAAAAUGAAGUAGAGAUAAUAUACAAAAAGAAAAAGAAGGUACAAGAUGUCCAAAUGGAUGAACUGAAAACAACAAUAUCUGAUAUAAAUACAAAACUCAGUUUUCUUAAUCAGCUUUUGCAGAGUGAUAAAGCAACAGCAAUGCAGUCAAGUGAAAGAGUAAUUACAGCACUAAAGGACAGAAUCAAUGAAUUGCCAAAAACAAAGCCAGCUGAUAAUGGACAAAUUAAAUUUGUUAUCAAUGAGAAUCAGCUCGAUUCAUUGCAACAAUGUAAAAUUGGGUACGUAUCACAGGGAGCAGCAGAUUGUCUAACACUGAAGGGAGUGGAAUUUGCAUCCCUAUGUCAGACAAUUGUUGUCAAAAUAAUAAAAACAGAUGAAUGUGAAAUACAUGCAAAUCAACUGAAGGCAACUUGGACACAGCCUACAGGAGAAAUCAACAUCACUCAAGUUCAGGAAGAUGACAAUGGAGAUUAUUUUGUGACAGGAAAAUACAAUAGUACAGGUAUUUGGAAAUUAGAUGUGAGCGCCAGCAAUGAACCAAUCAAGCAGUCACCAAUGACAGUGAAAGUAGAUGUAACCGAUAGGUGCAGACUCCAAUCCUUCACUCAGUAUGACUUUGGGAAUCUUCUCUCAACACCUGAAUUUGUUGAGCAAUGA